GUGUAUGUGUGUACGUUUGGUAGUGAGAGAGUGAGUAAAGCUUAGGGUGUGUGUUUUCUUUCUGCCAUAUAUAGGGGCAAACUUACUUCGAGACGAGGUUGUGUGUUAUAGUCUGUGAUCUAUCUGCAAACCUCUCUUUCUUUCUAUCAUUCUUUCUUCUAUCCCCUCGGGACUAUAAGGAGCUCUGCAUACUUGGCCUGCUUUAGCCAAAGUUGGAGGGAAAUUAUUGAGCACUUGAUAGAUUAUUUUGUCCUGUUGAUUUCGAAGAUCUGUUCAGUUGCUGGCAAACAUGGAAGGAAUGAAUGACGCUCAUGAUGACGGAUCCUUCAUGUUCACCUCAGAGUCUGUGGGAGAAGGGCAUCCAGAUAAAAUCUGUGACCAAAUCAGUGAUGCAGUUCUUGAUGCACACUUGAAGCAGGACCCGGAUGCCAAAGUGGCCUGUGAAACUGUUUGUAAGACUGGUAUGGUACUUCUCUGUGGUGAGAUCACAUCUCGGGCCAACGUUGACUACCAGAAGAUUGUGCGAGACACCAUUAAACACAUUGGUUACGACAACUCUGAAAAAGGUUUCGACUAUAAAACCUGCAAUGUGCUGGUGGCUCUCGAGCAGCAGUCUCCUGAUAUAGCGCAGGGUGUCCACGUUGACAGACAUGAGGAAGAUAUUGGAGCUGGAGACCAGGGGCUCAUGUUUGGCUACGCCACUGAUGAGACGGAGGAGUGCAUGCCACUCACCAUUGUCCUCGCUCACAAACUCAAUGCCAAAAUGGCUGAGCUGCGGCGGGAUGGCACCAUCCCAUGGCUCCGCCCAGACUCAAAAACUCAGGUCACUGUGCACUACAAGCAGGAGAAUGGCGCUGUGAUUCCUUUGCGUGUCCACACAGUGGUCAUCUCCGUCCAACAUGACGACUACAUUUCACUGGAGGAGCAGCAGCGUAUUCUGAAAGAGAAGGUCAUCAAAGCUGUGGUGCCAGCAAAAUAUCUUGACGAUAAGACUGUCUACCAUCUGCAGCCAAGUGGACGCUUUGUCAUCGGAGGGCCACAGGGAGAUGCUGGUGUCACAGGUAGGAAGAUUAUUGUGGACACAUAUGGUGGAUGGGGGGCUCACGGUGGUGGAGCAUUCUCUGGAAAGGACUACACCAAGGUGGACCGCUCUGCUGCCUAUGCUGCACGCUGGGUGGCUAAGUCUCUGGUGAAGGCCAAACUGUGCAGAAGAGUGUUGGUUCAGGUGUCUUACGCCAUUGGAGUCGCCUACCCUCUCUCAAUCUCCCUUUUCACCUACGGCUCAUCAGAAAAAACAGAGAAGGAGUUGCUACAGAUUGUCAACAAGAACUUUGACCUCCGACCAGGUGUCAUUGUUAGGGACCUGAACCUGAAGAGACCGAUCUACCAGAGCACCGCCUGCUACGGUCAUUUUGGCCGAUCAGAGUUCCCCUGGGAGAUGGCCAAGAGUCUCAAGGUUUAAACUGAGAGGUGCAGUCAUUCAGUCGCUCUUUCCUCCAGCGCUCCUCUCUCAGCUUAUUUUAAUUCUCUUCCCGCAUAUGCUACAUUUCAGAUUAGACGAAUAUAUACUGUAAAUGUCAAGAUUGAUA